UCACUGACGGCUCCGUCAAUCACGUGUGACACCACUUUUCUCAUCUUUUUUUUGAAAUGCAUCCACGUUUCCCUGCAGGACGCGGCGUAGAGGAGAAGGUGAGGUGAAUAAAGCGUUUAGUGCAACACGUUAUCGGCGUAAUAACGUCGUUAUUAGUGCGUGGAGCGUCUCUGUGUGCGGUAAUAGCUGGUCGGUACCUGAUAACUUCAUACACAGCCUGAUUAGCUAACGUUAGCUCAUUAUCAUCAUCAUCCUCGGUUCAAUGACAUGUUUAACUCUUGUCACCCCAAAGUGGACGCUUAUUUGGAAACUUCUGGUUAAUUCAUCCUGAAUUUUGAAAACGAUGGAAGUGGGCGAUACAGCGUUGGGCUACGAGCUGCUCGCAGAAGUGGGCGAGGGCACCUACGGUAAAGUGUACAGGGCCCGAGAGGUGGGCGGGAACCAGCGCCUCCUGGCGGUGAAGAAGUUCAACAUCCACAGCGACGCCUCGGAGAACGGCAUCCCCGUGUUCAUGAUCCGAGAGGUGGCGCUGCUGAGCAAAAUGAGGCACUUCAGCCACCCCAACAUAGUCAAGCUGCUGGAUGCCUCAGCUGUAGCGGUGGGCCGGAGCCUGGACCUCACGCUGGUGCUGGAGUACAUCGAUCAGGAUCUGUCCACCUUCCUCUCCAAGGCUCCUGCUUCAGGCCUGAGCCACAACUGUAUCAAGAACGUGAUGCUGCAGCUGCUGCGAGGCCUGGACUUCCUGCACACGAACAUGGUGCUGCAUCGCGAUUUGAAGCCGGAAAACAUCCUGGUCAGCAGUCAUGGGGAGGUCAAGAUAGCUGAUUUUGGACUGGCACGGAUCUACACCUUUAACGUCGCUCUCACUCCCGGCGUGGUGACUCUCUGGUACCGAGCGCCUGAGGUGCUGCUGAACUGCGUUUACAUGUCCUCAGUGGACAUGUGGAGUGCUGGCUGCAUCUUUGCUGAGCUCUUCCUCCUCAGGCCGUUGUUUCAGGGAUACACAGAGGUCCAACAACUGCAGAAGAUCUUUGAGGUUAUUGGUCUGCCUGAUGAGGACGACUGGCCGGAGGACAGCCCAGUCUCAUACUCAGUCAGCCUGGGCCCAAAGGGCUCCUGCAUCAACCUGAUUCCCAACCUGGGCCCGGAUGAGAACGACCUGCUGGCUCAAUGUUUGGCGUUCAGGCCGAGCAGUCGCAUCUCGGCUGCCAAGGCUCUGGCUCAUCCGUUCUUCAGGAAGCACUGAAGGGUUCAGCGGCGCAGAAGGCACGGAAACAUCAGCCGCUGGUGCCUCCUCUUCCUCCUCACUGCACAGCCAGCUCCAAAGCAGACCCGUGCUGCUUAGAUUGUUCACCAACAUCAUGAUAGAGCUUUAGAGCAACAGCGUGUGCCUGCCUUAACGCACAAAACAAUCAUACUAUAGGAGAUGAUGAGCGUUGUCUUCUCCAACCUUUAAUGAUGACGUUUUCUGCUUUCAAACCAAGUUCAUUGAUUCUGAGUCCAUAAUUAUUGGGACAGUAAUGGUGUUCAGAUCUUCUGUGUUUUCCUUAUGUGUUGUAUUGAAAUAUAAAUUCUGUUUCCCUGUAACCGACCGAAGACGCCAGAAUGUGGAUGGGCUGCUUUGUUUUUUCACAAAAGUCUUUUUGAUUUAUGUUAUUUUGUUUUUUAUAUGAAGCUAAUUAUGGUGUAUCCACUGGAAUAGUUACACCUGUAUUUAUGUUUGUGUCGACAGACUUAUGUUUUACACUGUUCGUUCAUUCAUAUAAAUAAAUAUUACUUCAAAUCUG